GAAUGUGGGCCACUGACCGGCGUAAUGCCAGCGCGAGAAAGUGCCACGACUCCACACAGACAUCGACUGACUCCUCAAGCUGGGGAUAAGGUUUUUUUUUGUUUUUUUGUUUUGUUUUGUUUUUGCUGGAGUGGUGAGGCAGUUGGUUUCGAGAUAAUCACUUCUGUUUAAACUCUUCCUGAAGUGAUUCAUCCAACGGAAAUCUGCCGCGAGAAAAGAACGGAAACUAGCAGUCAUGGAUAUCUACGAUCCUCAGACCCUUGGAAUUGUGGUGUUUGGUGGCUUCAUGGUGUUCUCCGCAAUUGGGAUUGCUUUGGUCUCAACGUUUUCCAUGAAGGAGACCUCAUAUGAAGAAGCUAUAGCCAAGCAGCGGAAGGAGCAGGGGAAGACCCUAUCCAGCCAACGGUCGGACAAGAAGAAAAAGGACAAGACAGCUGAGAAGAAAACUCGUGCUAAGAAAAAGGAAGAUAAGCCCAACGGGAAGCUCCUGGAGUCAGAGGCCACCCCUGAGGUUGCAGAAGUGCCAGCUGAGCCCAGUCCUUCAACUCCUUCAUUCCCAGAACAAGUUUCUACACCAGUGCCUAAACAAGAGGCCCCAAUUCAGAAAUUUCCUCAACCCACCCCUUCUCAGAAGCCCACUCCACCUGCCCCGGCUCAGAAAUCUGCUUCGACUGUCCCAACCCAGAAGACAACUCCACCUGCCACGGCCCAGAAAUCUGCUGCACCUAUCCAAAAGUCUACUCCAGCACCUCCUGCCCAGAAAUCCUCUCCAACUCCUUCUGCCCAAAAAUCUGAAUCACCUCCUCCUACCCAAAAAUCUUCACCAGCUCCAGCCCAAAAGUCUGCUCAAGCUGCCCCUACACAGAAAUCUGCUUCACCUGCCCCAGACCAGAAAGCCACUCCACUGGCCUCUGCACAAAAAUCUGCUCCAACAGUCCCCGCACAAAAAUCUGCUCAAACUCAAAAGUCUGCUCCAACUGCCCCAACACAAAAAUCCUCUCAACCUACCCCAUCCCAAAAGGUUGCUCCAACUGCCCCAACACAAAAUGCCUCUCAACCUACCCCAUCCCAAAAGGCUGCUCCAACUGCCCCAACACAAAAACCCUCUCAACCUGCCCCAUCCCAAAAGGCUGCUCCAACUGCCCCAACACAAAAACCCUCUCAACCUGCCCCAUCCCAAAAGGCUGCUCCAACUGCCCCAACACAAAAACCCUCUCAACCUGCCCCAUCCCAAAAGGCUGCUCCAACUGCCCCAACACAAAAACCCUCUCAACCUGCCCCAUCCCAAAAGGCUGCUCCAUCUGCCCCAACACAGAAAUCUUCUCAGCCUGCCCAAACCCAAAAGGCUGCUCCAACUGCCCCAACACAGAAGUCUUCUCAGCCUGCCCAAACCCAAAAUGAUGUUCUAACUGCCCCAACAAAGAAAUCUUCACAGCCUGCCCAAACCCAAAAUGAUGUUCUAACUGCCCCAACAAAGAAAUCUUCACAGCCUGCCCCACCUCAAAGGUCUGCUUCAAAUGCCCCUACCCAGAAAGCGGUCUCAUCUGCCCCAGCCCAGAAAGACACUUCACCAGCCCCGGUGCUGAAAUCUUCUCGACCCGACCGAAAACCCAGUCCACCUGCUACAGCCCCUUCCCAAAAAGCUUCUGCAGGUCCUACCCCUCCUGCAUCCCAUCCUGCUCUUGAAGAUGCUCCGCCUGUCCCAGUUCCAAAGGAAAAGAGGAAGAAGAAAGCCAAAGCAGAGUCUGUUUCUGCUGAGAUUCAGCCUAAAUCUGUGGCUCCAUUGGAGACGGUGACCAAAAAGGUUCCUGUCAUGGCAGUGCCUCCAGUGGGUACUCCAAAAGCUGUCUCAGCAACUGCUGUGCCUUCCAAAGCAGAAGAGUCCAAACAGGAUGCUCCAGCCAAGAAGAAAGGAGGAUCCAAGAAGAAGUCAGAGCCAGCGGUGGCUGCAGACCCCGUGGACAGUCCACUGUUCCUGCCUUACAAGGCCCUGCUUUCCACGGUGAGGAGUAUGGUGUUCAGUGAAAGAGAGGCCCAGCAGCUCAUUGAGGUUCUGUCUGAUAAGGCUGGCAUUAUUCAGGAGACAUGGCACAAGGCCACACAGAAGGGUGAUCCAGUAGUUGUGCUGAAGAAACAGCUGGAAGAACGAGACAAGCAGCUGGCAGCUGAGCAGGAGGACUCAGCAGCUGUUAAAAGCCGACUGAGGGAUUUGACUAAAGAGCUCUCUGUGGAGAAGUCAAAGGUGGCAUCUGUAGAGACCAGGCUGAGCUCUCAGCUGAGUAAACGAGAGCAGGACAUCAUCGCCCUGCAAGCACGCAUGCAGGCCAGUUAUCAAGACCACCUUGCGGACACUCAGCAACUUAAUGCCAAAAUCUUGGCUCUCCAGGACCAGCUGGAGAAAGGCCCUAAUGCUCAGCUGGCCCGACUACAGCAGGAGAACUCUAUCCUCAGAGAUGCGCUCAAUCAAGCCACCAGUCAGACGGAGAGCAAACAAAAUGCUGAAUUGGCCAAACUGCGCCAGGACUGCAUUCGACUGAAUAAGGAGCUGGUGGAGAAGAACGAGACCUUGCAGGCUGACGAACAGCUCAGGAAAAAUCUGGAAUCCAGAGCUGCCAUGGCUGAGAAACAACUGACCCAGCUGCAGGCGAACUGUGUGAGCAGUGAACAGGCCCUGCAGAAGCGUCUGGAGGAAGUGAGUGAGGAGCUCAGACAGACCCAGAGCAGCAGAAACAGCCUUCAGACACAGCUUGAACAAGCUCAGAAAGACGCCACUGCUCUAGCAGAGGCUCAAGCUCGUGUGGCCAGUAUGGAGGCGGAAAUGAAAGAGCAGACCAGACAGUUGGAGAGUCUGCAGAGCCAUCUGAAACUGCUGGAGGCGAGCCAGAACAAAGAACAGAACCACAAUUCAGAGGCUUUGAUGGCUGAACUGGAGCAAGCAAAGUCUAGCCUGAAGGAGAAAGAAGAGGAACUGAUCCAACUCAAGAACAUCAGCGCCAAUCAGGUGGAUAACACAACAAAGGUGCAGCAGUUGCAGCACAGCAUUAAGGAAAAGGAAGACCAAAUAGCAACUCUUCAGGGAGAGCUCCAACAGCUUAAAGAAAAAAGCUCAGACCUCACCGGACCUGAAAACACAGAAAUGCUGGAACAGCUUCAAAACAGUUUAAAAGAAAGAGAGUCUCAGGUGGCUCUGUUUGAAGAAGAGAUGAAGCAGUGUAAAGAACAGUAUGACACUAAACUGGCAGAGAGCACAACUAAGCUGGAGUCACUACAUAAAAGUGUCACUGAAAAAGAGAGCCUGGUGACAUCACUACAACAGGACGUGCAGCAGCUCAAGGAACUAAAUCAGUCACAAGGCAAGAGCUGCGAAGGUUUGGAGGACAUGCUGAAAUCUGUCCAAGCGGAGUCCAGAGAAGUUCUUCAUUCUCUUUUCCCACACAUCAACAUAGAGACGACGCAGACCAGUUGGCUUCAAGACUUUGCUGUGAAAGCACAAGAGGUGUUAAAUAGAAAGCAACAGAGCCAAGAAUCCCAGCAAAGCACAGAGAUGGUGGAGAUAAUGGGGAAACUACAGGCAGCCCAAGAGAGUCAGUCCACAUUACAGUCUGAGUGUGAACAGUACAGGAGCGUACUGGCUGAGACGGAGGGGAUGCUGAAAACACUUCAAAAGAGUGUAGAGGAGGAGGAGAGAGUGUGGAAGACCCAGAUAAUGGAGUCAGAGGAGAAACUGAGAAUGGAACUCAAAAAGGUGCAGGAAUUAGAAGAGACAACAGAGAGCUUGAGAGAGGAGAACCAGAGAACCCAGCAGCUGGAGGAGAAAGUGAUGUUGCUCGAGGCCCAAUUGAAGAAACCGCUCCAGUCAGUGUCCACUGACACCCAGAGUCAUUCAGAAGAGAUAACACAUUUGAAGCAAGUUUUAGCAGAUUCUGAAAGACAGCUGAGUGCGGCCCAGAAGGAGAUACAGACGCAGAGGGAGGAGCUUUCGCAGAUCAGGCAGCAACUGGGUGACGUGACAAAGCGAGCUCAGGGAGUGGCUGAGAACGGGCAGCCUGAGGCGGAGGAGUGUCAGGUCCAAGCUCAGCUGGAGCAGACAUUGGAAAAACUGCAAGGUGAACAGGCUCUAACCCAGCAGCUCUCUGCAGAAGUGGAGCAGGCUCAGGAAGCCCUCAAAAGCCAUCUAGAACAAAUGAAGGUAGCUGAAGAAUCUGCAUCCAUGGAGGAUGUUGUUCAGCUGAAGGAGUGUCUAGAGAAGGAGCGAAAGAUGACCAAAGAUUUGGGCAAGGCAGCCACCAAACUUCAACAGCUGCUAAGAAACAGUCAGGACCAACUUUCCAAAGAGAAAGAGAAAGUCAGGACUCUGCAGGAUCAACUGCAAGACAAGGAAGGUGAUGGAGAAUUGAAGCAAGGCACUUCUGUUUGAGGUGUAAAACUAAACAAAUUGCCAAAAAUUGCCUUAAAAUGACCAAAAUGAAGCAUUCCAAAUUUUCUUCCCUUUUUUUUGUCACUAUAAUUUUGGGAGAAAUUGUUUGAAGACUUUAGAGAAAUCUAACUCAUGCAAACAUUUUAUUCUGGAGAUGUGCUGGAACUAUUUUCACUUCACAUUCCAUCUGAAAUGUCAGAAAAUAUUCUUCAACUGCCUUAUAUUCUUAGUGUUCCCACACCUUUCCUCCUGAUGUCAAGUGUUAAAAGGGAAAUGCAUGUGCGUUAUGCGUACAAUAACUAGUGCAAUUAAUUUCUUGUAAGUGAAGGAGUAUGCAUAAUUGUGUUGGUACAUGGGUUCAGCAUUUGAAAUGCCCACUCUGUAUUUGGCUUCAACACUAUUGUAGUAAGUUCGAUAAUAAAUAAUAAAUGACAACAUA